AUGCAGAGAGAGAAAUAUUUGCCAGAGCUGAUGGCAGAGAAAGAUACUCUGGACCCAUCUUUUGUUCAUGCUGCACGUCUGCUGACUGAAGAAAUUGAACAAUUCCAGAACAACAGCUCAAAAAAAGAAGAGGAGAAGCAAUACCUUGAUGUUAUCAGCAACAAAAACAUUAAAUUAGCUGAAAGAGUGUUGAUUCCGGUCAAACAAUAUCCAAAGUUCAAUUUUGUGGGGAAGUUGCUCGGACCACGAGGUAAUUCGCUAAAGAGGUUACAGGAAGAAACAGGUGCAAAAAUGUCCAUCUUGGGCAAAGGAUCUAUGAGGGACAAAGCCAAGGAAGAAGAACUGCGGAAAAGCGGAGAGGCCAAGUAUGCACAUUUAGGUGAUGACCUUCAUGUGCUCAUCGAAGUCUUUGUCCCAGCAGGAGAAGCCUAUUCCCGCAUGAGCCACGCACUAGAGGAGGUGAAGAAAUUCCUGGUCCCAGGAUACGAUGAUGGCUACGGUGGAGAAUAUGAUGAACAAAGCUAUGACACCUAUGAUAAUAGCUACGCCAGUCAGGUGGAGAGUGGCGCUGAGUAUUACGAUUACGGACAUGGAACAAGUGAAGAACUCUAUGAAAGUUAUGGUCAAGAAGAAUGGGUUUCAUCUCGGCCAAGUUUAAAGGCCCCAAUCCUGAGGUCAAGAGGGACCUACAGAGAACACCCCUAUGGUAGAUAUUGAAGGCAGCCCUUGUUGCACAAUGACUACAUGCGUGCCCUAUGGUCAGCUUAUAAACAACUACAAGACAAGUAAUAGUUCAUUUAUUUUCUUGCCUAAGGAUAUCUUCUCUCGGGUAACCCUUCUGCACCCUCCUUCUAUUUCCUGAAACUUUGACGAAAUGUUGGCUUUACUUUAUGACAGGAACUUUGUAGAAUGGACAAGUUAGUCCCCAGAACAUGCAAAAGGGAAGCUGCUCCUUUUAAUUGUUUUCUUUUAUUGCUCUAUGUGUAGAAAUAUGUUCAACUAGCAUGAACUGGUGAUAAGUUUAACAUUUCCAAACCCACUUGGUAAAGGUU